UGUUAGGAGGCAAAGUUCUGUAUCUAUUUUAAUAAAAAACACGAAGUUUGUUUCAAACAAAUAUUCUUUCAAUAAAUCUAAAAUUUAAUAAAUAAUAAAACAAUCCAUGUAACGAGUGUAAUUAUCUGUGAAUAUAUUAACAGCAAAUAAGUUAAAUUACGCGCCAAAAAAACUGUCAUAUUUUAAAAAAAGAAGUGUCCGUGACAUUGUUGCGCUUCUGCCUAAAAAUGUUUUUGAUUGAGUCAUAAAAAAUGUGAAGUGAUUUAGAAAUACUGCAUAGCGGAUUUUUAAUUUUAAGUUGUUCUAUCGGAGUGAGGUCAAAGGUGACAAUAUGCCCCAGAUUUUCUUCAAAAAAGUAAUGGUGGUGCGGGACCGUGGCGAUUUCGAGAAUGCCAGUUAUGUAAUCAACAGACGCUAUACGAAGAGCAAAAUGUCACCGGUAUGCCACAACUUCGUACAGAACGCGUGGAAAAAAGAUUUCUGCUCAAACUGUUUCAAGUCACGCGAAGAACACUCUAAGCAGGAUCGAUCUACGGAUAGCAGUAAAUAUUUAGCGACUCCUUUCCAAAAUAGAAGCACUUUCUUCAAGAAAACACCUCCCAGUAUUCUCAAGAUACAUCCAAAGAAGAAGGGUAAACGUAAUGUCCGUUUCCCGGAAGAGGUGAGCAGUGUCAUUGGAUACGGAGGCGAUGAUUGGUCCGACGAAGAAGAAUUCGAAGUUUCAGAAGAGAACGACGAAGAUGACACUUUCCCAGAUACAGAAGAAGAGAGAGAGCUUCACAGAAUAACAAAAUCUAACACUGAUUUUAACACCGUAAAAGCGAAUUUACUUGGAGACUCCGUUGCAAAGACUUACACUUCAUUGUUACUGGGCAAAGUUCAAACUGAUUCUGAUGGUAAGAAGAAAACUUUAAUGGUUUCGGUUACACCAUUCGGUCAAGAAAAUAAGAGUCCUAACGUUAAAACGCACACUCGCAAACCCGCCGUUUUAAAUUUAGCUGACCAAUCUGAAGAAUCUUCAAAUGGAUACAAAACUAACAUUAUUCUUUCAAGUUAUAUGAAAGAGUCGGAAACUAUUAUUACAACUGAAGGUACAAAGUCGUCUGAGGGCAUAUUAUGUACAGAAAAAUCGUUACUUGAAGAAAUAUCUGAAACACUGCACCAAAAUAGAAUAGGUGGACAUGACCUUAACUUAAUUCAAACAGAGUGCAGCAAACCAUCUAUUGUUGAAGGUAAAAUUAAACAAAGUAUGCAAGAUGACUGUGAAAAAAAAGAAAUGACAGAAACAAAAAAGAACAGUAUUGUUAGAAAGUCGCCAUUAAAUAAGAAACAAGAAAGACCAAAAGUAAAUCUUAGUCGAUCAGAAUUCAAAUUUUGUAAAAUUAAUAUAGAGAAUAGCAGUGUCGACUCUGCCGUUGGCACACUUAAUUCAACCGCAAAUAACUCUUUAACUUCCGAUGAUGAAAGUUUUAGUGGACGCACAGAUUCUGACAAUGAUGAUAGCGGUCAUUUCUCCGAAUCACACAAAAUAGAAGAAACUGUUAAAAUUAAAGUAUAUAAUGAAGAUAAAAAUAUAAAAAUGUCACCGAUCGAUCAGCUACGAAAAGUGGACGGACAAGCUAGUGGCUAUUCAACAUUCCAAAGUCCGAUCAUUGACAUGCCGUCUAUCAUACCUAAACAAACGGAAGCCGUAUUCUCCGCGGAAGCCAGUCGCGAAUUAGCAGGCGAACCGGAUGGCAGAGCAGAUCCAGAUGAUACAAGUGAAGCCCCAGCUUUACCUAAUAGUCCUAUGCCGACUAUGGACCCGCGCCCAUCGUUCUUGCACGGUAUGAUAACUGACAUAAUGCCAGGUAAACCGGUCCCACCAGAAAAACCUAAGCUACCUGUCAAACCAGUCAUUAAACAAAGCAAAAAAAGUGUUACCUCAACGCAACAAGUUGUUAUGCACGUUCAAACAAAAAAAGAUGAGGAAGAAAAUAUUAUUAAAUAUGUGAGCGAUCAAAAUUGCGAGACUAUCGAAGAAAAGUCAGACUCUGUUUAUUACGCUAAGCCAGUGCUAACAAAACAAGAUAGUGACACGUCCUUGAGUAGCCUGUGCAAACGUAAAGCACCAACGCCUCCCUUAUCACCUACCGAGGAAUACUCUAGUAGCCUGUACCAAAGAAAUCCAAACGGGUUUAUGAAAUCUGACUCUCCCGUUGUGAGAGAAAUGGAAAAACGAGAAAGGGCUGUGAUGUCUUCGUUGCCAAAAUUAAGAAGUUCGGAUGAUGAGACGAAAAAAACAGAGCAUACACCAGAGCCAGCGCCGAGAAGGAACAUUUCACUAUCACACGAUAAUUUACUCAUAGACGAAAAACGUAAGGGCAAAUAUAAAUUCUCUAUUAAAAAAUUACUUCGCAUCGGAUCUUCGAAGGACUUGGAUAAGAAAGAACUAAGCGUUGCAACAGUAACGAAAUUAUCGCCAAAAACCGAGGAGAUUUAUGAUUUGACCCCGAAACCAAAACCGCGGCUCGUCAUUAUACAUCCUUUGGAUAUCAACGGGUCGACUGUUGAGGUUGUGAAAUCGAAUUGUGAAAUUUCGGAAAGCUUACGCCGACUGAGUCAUGACGACGUUUCGUCAAUAUACAGCGGAAGUAGUUCUGCGACGGAUGAUACACCACCAAGGGUUGUGAAUAAACCUCCUCCCCCACCCAGGAUAUCCAGCGAGGAUUAUAAAACUGUAUCCAAUGUACCAAAACCUGCAAGACCGCCGCCACCAAAAUCAAUAGCUUUACAAAAGAAACAAAAACAACAAACCUGGGCAUCCACUCCGAAACAGGAUGAUAACAUUUAUGCUAAUUUAGGAGAGAUCAGAUCAGCAUUGGCGCCAAGAAAACCCGAACGUACAGCGAGUAUGAGAGAACGAGAAUCGCACUUGGAACUUGUAAAACGCCGGUCACCUUUAGACGACGAUAAGGAUGAAUCAGACGAACCGCAGGAACUUGUUCAAGCUACUAACGACACAGUGAUACACAACUACGACGACGUUUACAACACAGCUAAAUAUGACGAGGAAAAUUGUGAUUCAGCCAAAAACAGUGACAGCGACUAUGAAUACGUUCACCACGCGCGCUCCAGUUCGCCGGAGUGUGACUCUGCGAUUAAAACGAGAGAAGUAGAACGCGCUGAACGAAAGAUUGAAGAUACGACUGAAUUCCCCAAAUACUCCAACGGUUUUCGUUCAUCUUUACCGUACUGUGGCAGCGAAACAGAAUCUGAGAUUUAUUCGCCAUACAGUUUUUACAGUUCAAACGAUAACAUGGACAGUCCGGCGAAUGACGAUUAUCAAAGUGAAAUGACUCCAAAGAAUACAACGAACAAAUUGCGGGUUAGGAAGGGGAGGAGCGUCGUUCACAAGACUCUUGAAGAUAAUUACGGCGCGGUCGUUAUCGCAAAUCACGAAGCGCUGGCGCAAGUUUUAGAACAGGUACAACAAAGUGCGACCAUGCAAUCAUCGCUCCGAGGCCUGAAAGCUUGUACCAAUUUGCGGUGGAACGAUUUCACAAUCCAGCAAAAUAAGAACUUCACAAAAGCGGGCAAGAGAUUCUUUUACCCUGCGUGUUGGAACUCCAACCAAGGACCCGUUAAUGUGACUCUGAUGCUGUACAAGGAGCAGAUGGCUUCGCAAAUGGUAUGUCAGUCGGUACAGCCAUCGACGUUGUGUCUGAACGCCAUCACGGAAUUCUGUGACUUGGUACCUUUGCAACAGUUUGGGGAAGAUGGGGAUGAUUUGGUACAAGCCACGAUCGUCGUGCUAGCAAACGCACAAGUCGAUACCAUAAGCUCCUACGGCGAACACCUUCACGCCGCAGAGGGCAGCACUAAAGAUCACCAGCUCGUCCAAACCGACCAGAUCCACGAGUCCAUAUUCAUAAUGCUCCAACUCAUCAACGGGCUCAAGUGUCUCCAAGCGAGGGGGGUGGAGGAGAUCCCCGAGUCUCUCACGUCCUUCAUCGUGCUGAAGGAAACUCAAACUGGGAGCCAUGGAGGCACCAACCUCCCCUCACCGGACGACAGGUUGAGCUCGCUGUCGGCGCCCAAGACCAAUUCAUACGGCAGAUUGUGCAUACUACAAGGAUUGACCGACGACAUGAACUGCAGUAAAUCCACCGACGAAGACCUCAGCUCGCUCUGCAAAUGCGCGUUGAAAGCGAUCGAAACACUCCUCCCCGGAGAGAAACUAACUCCACUUUUAAAAGAAGUAAUACAAGAAGAAAGAGCCGUCUCCUUGAAUCACGCAAAAUCGGUACUCGAAUUCAUGCUCUGGGGUCCCUUGGACGUGGUGCAGGGCGUUCCGGUCGAAGAAAGGGAACUCUCCCUCCAAAGAUGGCUCGACUUGGAAAGGGCGACGGUGUUACACGGCUUGGUGCGAACGAGAGUGCAGUUGAACGUGUUCGAGCAGCUCCACCUACUGUUCUUAGUGCGCUCCACCGCCAAGGCCAUGUGCGACGCCUCCGUGCUCCUCGAGAAAGCCAAUGUUUAUUAACUUCGAUGCUCUAUAUCGAGAGGGUACUCUGUCUCUUUCUUUUGUAUAGCGUGACCUGUCAUAUAUUUAAAUAAAAUAAUCUACGGAGUUACAUUUGUUUAAGAUUCACUCGAAUGAUUUGUUGUUGAUGCGUGUGUGUUAAAAUACAAAUAUAUUGAUUAGUUAUUGUAAUCAAAUAUCCAUAUAAUUUAAAGUUUAUUGUUUUUUUGAUUUUUUUCUUCUAAACAAACAAAUUUUAUUUAGAGCACAUACGCAAAAUAUACAUCUCUAAUUUUUAAGAUUAUAAUUAAGUUAGGCACCAUUGUCAUUUCAAGACAACGUAAUGUUAUUAUUUUAAAUCUGAUUUAUACUAUUUGGCAUUUUAAAAUUUUAAUAAUAAUUUUUAAAUGAAUUCAUUAUUUAAAAAAAAAAACAAAAUUCUUGCCAGUGUAAAAAACUUAUUUGACUGGUGCCAAUGGAUUCAGAACUGAAAACUUUAUACUCAAAUAUCGGUGCCUUAUGUAUUAUACACUAACAAUGCUGUAAAUUAACACAUGUAAUUUAUGUUCUAGAUAUAUUUAGCUCUGUAAGCAGCGCUACAGUUCAAAUGUUUAAUUUUCUUUUUAUAAGUAUACCAUUCAUCGAAUACAAAUAAACAAAUUACUGAUUAAAAA